GUAACCGUGCUGUAUCACUGCCUCUUUGUCAUCUACAUCCAUCCAUCCAUCGACCCUGGACAUCUACCGACAUAACUCGCCGUCACGUCUACCACAUCACACCCAUCUCCAUACUUACUGUACUAUCUCCGACUUCAUUACAUAGUAGACUGCCAGGUCCCCCCCUUCACAGUUGGGUGCCCAUACUUCUGCCAUACUGUUGUUAGUCCUGCUGGUGACGGACUGCCUUGCCUUGGUCUCGAUACCCCGCCACCGCAUCGGGCAACGGCCUACAGCAUCCGGCCAAUUAAGUUGGUACCGUCCCCUGCUCUAACUACACGAGCCAGAGUUCCAACCCAACCAUUGGAUGAAUACGUGUACGUCAACAGCUCGACUUCGACGCCAUAUACCUACACAUACAUACAACAGCCAUAGCCUCACGGUAGCGAAUCACCGUGUUCUCCUCGUACACCACCGCACUUUCUGCCGUUGUUCUCGUCUCCGUCCGUCGUCCAUUACGACUACCCGAUUGUUUGUUCUCUCUUACGUGUACCACGCCAAACCAACGGUAACAGCGAACGACGAUCGGCGACAGCGCUGACACCAACAUUAACGUCAACGCCAACACCAGCGCCUAGCUCACAUCUGUUGCAAGUCUAAAAACCCCUAUGGUAUAGUCAUCACUUCAGCGUCGCCAUCAUGCCAUCAACAAACCAAAUUCCUGGACACCCAGGCUACCCUACCAGGCAACCAGCCGUCGCUAACGUUGCUCUUGGUGCUUCUUCUACGCCGGCCCGAUCUGCUGCUGCUUCAGCCCAACAACGACAACAACAACAUGAUGGUCAGUUCUCGUCCAUGGGAUAUGACAGACAGCAGCUGCUUACAGACCCAGAAUCCUGGAUUGAAGUGUCCUCGCACCCUUCAUCCUCGUCCGUAUCUUCCAUCGGCGAUGAGAUCGAUACCACCGGUCUUCAAGUUGGUUCAGCCAACCGCCUACGACGGCGACGUCCACACCAACAGCCCCUUGCGCAUGCCCAUACCGCGCAAACCAUAGGACAAGGACACAGUGGUCCUGACGCCAGCAGUCAAGAGGAAUAUGACGAGACAGAAAGUGAAGAAGAUCACCUCUUGACUAGCUCAACGGAGAACAUCAUCUCCGGACAUGCCGCUGGACAGACGCCGCUCCGGCAAGUCUUCUCGGCACAUGUCGUCGAGUCUGACUCAAGCGAUGAAGAUGAUGAUGACGAGAAUGCCACCGCUUUGGGAAGACGGCCAUCAGAACCAUUUCGCCCUCAACCCAACGCCUUCUCACACCCGCCAUCCCAUCUGCUCCAUCGACAUUCCACCAGUUCAGCCGCCUCUCUACAUCACAGGCGACCCUCAUUUACCCGACGAUCGCACACGCGAGCUAGCCGCGGUCCCGAUUUCAUGUCUCCAAACUACCAGGCUGACAAUGAUGCUGCUCUGCGUGCUAGUCUAACAACACUACUCAGCUGUGCUGCAGCGGCCAGAAGUAUUCCGAGAGAUGGCGAAAAGGAGUUAAGUGAGCAGCGCGCUCCUCCUGUUACUGGCAAUCAACCAGUCGCGCUACGCUUCGCCCCCGAAAGCGAGCUCAUGGCGCCAUCACCAUCACCCGAACCAUCACGGGGUUCCGCUCAAGCUGCUCAAGCUAGAACAGCCCCUGUUUCACCACCGUCGCCUGCUUCUCGUGAGAAAAUAAAGCGCACUGCAACCCCAACCUCUACCUCAAAGUCGCCACGUGCGACAAAGAAGAAGAGAACAGCCACCAGUGAAGAUACCUUGAUUAGCCCAACUCUUUUGACAUGGGUUGUGAGCGCGGGUGUUGUGGUGCUUGUAUCUGUUGUAGGCUUCGGAGCUGGGUAUGUCAUUGGGAGAGAGGUCGGGCGCCAGGAAUCACUUAACGGCCUCGUCGGUGCGGGCAAUAUGAGUGUAGUAUCUGACGGAGGUAGCUGUGGCCGCGAAGUACUGAAGAGUAGCGGAGGCACGUUGAGGAGAUUCCGUUGGGGAAGUGGCAUUGGACGGAGUGUCGUCGCGUGAACGCUCAUCCGUCAUUUAUUAUUCACAGUAUCAAUAACAUCAAAGUCGAAUCUUGAUCACGACUUCCCUUUGGAUUCAAGGCGCUGUACUCCGAACCACGGUCCAUGGAGUUGCAGAUUCC